AUGACCCUUCACCAUGACAGACACCACCAGGCUUAUAUAACAAACCUCAAUGCGGUCCUGGCCGACUACUACGUUGCUGCCUCUCAAGGCCACAUUGCCGAUCAAACUGCCCUACAAGCGUCUAUCCACUUCAAUGGGGGUGGUCACAUAAAUCACGCCCUUUUCUGGCCGACGCUUGCUCCUGCCAGCAGUGCUGAUGCCUGUGAGCCCGAAGCGAAGGCCCCGAGACUCCUGGCUGCUCUCGGUGUCGAAUAUGGCAGCCUGGACAAUUUCAGCACUACCUUCUCGUCGACUCUAUUAUCCGUCCAGGGAUCCGGUUGGGGCUGGCUUGUGCGCUCUGGAUGCGGUGUCGAUGGACGCCUGCUCAUCACUACAACUAAGGACCAGGAUCCGGUUGUAAGAAGUAUUGCAAUCGGUGGUCAGGCUUCACUACAGAACCCACAGACAAGGAAGGCCCUUUGUCCGUACUAA